UGACGUCAGGAAAUGGCCGCUCUCACUGUGUAGUGCGGGGUUUAAUGUUGUCUCCGGUUAAAUACAAUAACAACAAUCCCAUUAUUUAUUACAGUUUCCCAUACUCAGACGGGAGAGCCUUAGUAGUUCUUAAGCCCGCGGCUCGGUCUCCAAAGACGCUCAGGUUGAAAAGAGUCACGUGCGAUGGAUACCCCUGAAAGCCCCGCACAAUCGCCACAGUCGCCGGAGGAGGAGGAGAAGGAGAUCUCCGACAGCGAGCUGCUCAAUGACUCUGAUCCUGAUGGGAACGAAGAAGGGGCUGGAGACUCGGAGUUGGGGGACCUGGAAGAGGAUUUGGAGGAAGGAAUCCAGGAGCGAGUUUCUGACCAGGAGGAGUACGAGGAGCUUGCUGAAGGUGAUGAGAACAAUUUAGAACAAGAGAAGAGGGCAGAGGGGCCUGCUGUCUACAGGGAGGUCAGCCAUUCUGUUGACGAAGAGGAGGAAGAGGAAGACAGAGUCAGCAGAGGUCCAGGUUACUGUGACUUUGAAGCCGAACCUGAGAAGUUGCUGGCUAUGGCUGAAGAAGAUGAGGAAGAUGAUGGCAGAGGGCACCAAGAGGAAGAUGAAGAGGAAGACAAUGGGUUGAAGCCGACCGAGGUGACACGAGGACCAGGUAGGGAUGAGGAUGCGAGGCGGGUGGUUAAUGACAUGAAGGACGAGUCCUCAUCUGUGUCACGUGAGCUAGAUGAGCAUGAGUUGGACUACGAUGAGGAGGUGCCCGAGGAGCAGAGCGCCCCUCCCCCCGAGGAUGAGGAGGUAGAGAAGGGGCCAGGAGAGGAGGAAGAGGAAGAUGAUGAAGAUGAUGAUGACAAACGGAGAAAGAAGAAGGAAAACAAGAAUCUGGUCAUGCCACCUGAGAAGGACCCUCAGCCCAAGAAUGCUGAAGAGCCAAGGGUUCUGGAGAAAGGCCGGCGCGAGCUGAGUCGUGAUAAGAAGAAGGAAGAAGAUGAUGGGGAAAUCGAUGAAGGAGAGAUAGACGAUGAUGACCUUGAAGAGGGGGAGGUUAAGGACCCCAUGGACAGGAAGAUCCGUCCCCGUCCUAUUUGCAGGUUUUUCAUGAAAGGCAACUGUACCUGGGGUAUGAAUUGCAGAUUUAUACACCCUGGAGUCAAUGACAAGGGCAAUUACUCUCUCAUCACGAAGCCAGACCCCUUCUCUCCAAAUGGGGGGCCACCUGGAGGCCCUCACCCUCUGAUGCCUUCAAACCCCUGGGCGGCACCAGCUGUUGAGGAACUGCCUCCACCACCCCCAGUGGCUGAACCUCCCAUGGAAAGUGCAUGGGAAAGGGGUCUCCGACAUGCCAAAGAGGUGCUGAAGAAGGCCACUAUACGCAAGGAGCAGGAGCCUGACUUUGAGGAGAAAAGAUUCAACGUGACCAUCGGGGAGGAUGAGCGUGAUUUUGACAAAGAGAAUGAUUUCUUCAGGGAGCGCAACUACCGCAUCACUAGAGAGAUUAGAGACCCGGGUGACCUGGAAUACAGAGACCCACUUUAUGGUAGUGACCCCUAUGCAGACCCAUACUAUGAUUACGAGAUGGAGACCUUCUGGAGAGGGGGGCAAUACGAGAAUUUCAGAGUGCACUAUACAGAGACACCCCUUCCGUACCACUACAACGAGCGUGAACGGGAUCCCCGAGAGCGGCAGCGCGAGCGUGACCGAGAGCGCGAGCGGGAUCAUCGUGAGCGGGAGCGCCGGCAGCGGGAACGUGAACGGGAGAGAGAGCGCGAGCGGGAGAAGGAGCGCCAACGGCGGAAAGAAGAGUGGGAAAGAGACCGCAUGAAGCGGGAUGAAAAGGAGAGACCCCGGGAGCGCCCACCUCGGGAGCCGCGGGAAAAGAAGGAGGACAAAGACAAACCCAAGCCCAGAUCACCCAUCGCUCCAGCCACUAGGGCACUGGAACCCCCUGCAAAGAAAGAGCUUGGACCCCUAGUGAAGCGACCAGAUGAGUGGAAGGACCCAUGGCGCAGGUCCAAGUCCCCCCGGAGGCGUGUGGGAGUGGCUGGAUCACCCCUGCGUGGCCGCCGGCGACACAGGCCAUCUGGGUCUUCAGUGUCCCUUUCCAAUUCAUCCAGGUCCUCUUCCCGCUCAUCUUCCUACACGGGAUCCGGCUCUUCCAGGUCACGGUCACGCUCUUCUUCUUUCAGCUCCUACUCCAGCCACUCCUCUCAGCACAGCUCUUUCUCGGGAAGCAGGUCCAGAUCAAGAUCUUUCUCCUCUUCCCCCUCACCUUCUCCCACUCGAGCCACCCAGAGAAAUGCCUCCAAGAUUAAGGCAGAGUUGCUCCCUCCAACAGUAAAAGGGGAGAAGGCCAUCACCAAGAAGCCACCCACACCCCCUCCCCAGGCCCACCUUGGAAAGACCCCCAAGCCUCCUGCUGAAGCGGUCAAACCCACAACCCCACGAGAGAGUGGCAAACCUAUCAAUCCUCGGGAGGGGGGGAAGCUAGUCAACCCCCGAGAGGGGGGUGCACUUGGAAUUCCUCGGGAAGGUCGUCACAAGGAAAGGCAGCAGCACAAUCCCCCACGGAGGCGAACAGUGAGUGGCAGCAUGAGUGGCAGUGCCAGCAGCUACUCGGGGUCCAGCUCCCGGUCACGCUCCCCAUCAGGCUCUCGCACACACUCCUCCUCACCCUCUAUGUCACGGUCACGUUCAGGGUCCAGGAAGUCCAGAAAAUCCAGGUCCCUGAGUGUAAGCAGUGUAUCCUCCGUCUCCUCUGCCUCCUCCAGCAGUAGCUCCAUGCGAAGUGCUGACUCAGAGGACAUGUAUGCUGACCUGGCCAGCCCAGUGUCAUCUGCCAGCUCACGCUCUCCCACUCCUGCCAAGGCCCGCCGAGACAAGGGCCUGCCACGGGACAAGGGUCCCAGCAAGGACAAAGGGAAGCCAGCAAAGAAGGAAGAGCAGUUCAAAGAGGACCGCAGGAAGCAGGACCCUUUAGCUCCACCUGCACGAGCACCCGCCACAUCAUCCUCGCUGAAGUCUGGCCCCAGCGGCAAGAGCCAUCAGCUGCAUGCAUCUGCCAUGGGGCCACCGGGGGCUUAUGGCUCCCACAAAGACAUCAAACUCACUCUGCUCAACAAGCAGCAAACAGACAGAGGUAACAGGAAGCGAUACCUGCCUUCUGACAAGGAGCGGCCAACAUCUCCAUUCAGCAAAAGGAUAGCUCUGUCACCUGAGAGGGGUCGUGAACGCAGGAUGCUUGGAAGACCUCCUCUGUCUCCACGGAUGGAGAGACCCCGAGGCCAGGGCCCGCGACCCAUGCUCCUUCCACCAGACAGUAGGAAACGACCCUUAUCUCCACCAUCCAAAUCCUCUGGUAAAAGCCCGGGGGUGUCAUCAAGCAAGAUUCCGAGUGCAGGCUCUACCUCUGCCUCUGGUGUGCCAUUGCCCCCUAAGUCAGGGAAGCCAAGCAGCACGUUGUCUCGCCGGGAGGAACUGCUGAAACAGCUAAAGGCUGUGGAAGAUGCCAUUGCUCGCAAGCGAGCUAAGAUCCCAGGGAAAUAGCAGCCUGCACCAUGCCCCCCUCAACAGUCCAGGUUGAGGGGAAUGAUGCCCGUUCAUCCCAGAACCUGCCCGGGACCUGGGUUUGUUGACUUUUUCCCCAGGAAUGAAUGGCUGUUGUACCAGGAAACAAUGGCAUCCCAAACAUUUCUGCUAGUUUGCCCUCAGAGAGAGGCCUUGAAGAUUUUAUAUACACAUAAUAGAAAAGCGGUAGCAGGGCUUGGCUGUUCCUUGACUCUUGUCUGUUUUCACGCGAAGAAAAUACGGCCCCUUUAAUAAGUUUUUCUCUCUCUGUGUCGUUAUUUUUCUAUUUUUGUCAAUUUGGACUGUGAAUGUGGUGCUUUGCCUCUCGAGUCCGCUCUGGAGUUUCUGGAAACCGGUUCUUCAGCCCAAACUGGUUUUCCGGCAUGAAGAUCAGAUGUCAGCAGCAGGUGCUGAUGAAACGGCAGUUUCCGGACCUUUGUUUGCGCUGGUCCCUUUUUAACCAAUAAACUGUACUCUUCUAGUUCUGUGCAUUUAGUGUUUUUUGGCGAUGUUGAGUUUCUUACAGUAUAAAAUUAUAGCAAAUGUGACAAGCAUCGCUUUCAUAAAGUGUAUAAUUAUAGAGGAGAACAUUACUGUGAUGUGGAGUAUUGCCCCUAAUUUUUUUUUUUUUUUUUUUUUUAAAUAUCAAACUUUUUU